AUGGCCACGAAGACUGAGUCUCUGUUACCGUACUACACGGCCCAGAGUGGCUCCGGAGUAGGCAUGUUCAACACCGCCAUGGGGAAACUACAGCGGCAGCUCUACAAAGGGGAGUAUGAUAUAUUCAAAUAUGCACCGAUAUUCGAGAGCGACUUCAUCCAGAUCACCAAACGGGGAGAGGUGAUCGACGUGCACAACCGUGUCCGAAUGGUGACCGUGGGCAUCGCAUGCACCAGUCCCAUCCUUCCACUCCCUGAUGUCAUGUUACUGGCCCGACCAGCACCAGGAUGUGAAGACUUUCCCGGACACGGCCAGACCACCAAGGGCAAAAACCGCAAGGCUGUGAAGUCCUUGGAGCUCACUAGGCUCCUGCCUCUGAAGUUUGUAAGGAUUUCUGUUCACAACCAUGAGAAACAACAGCUCCGCCUCAAGUUUGCUACAGGCCGUUCCUGCUACCUGCAGUUGUGUCCCCCUCUUGAAGGCAAGGAAGACCUCUUUGCCUAUUGGGAAAAGUUGAUUUACCUCCUGAGACCACCUGUGGACAGCAACAGCAGCACCUACGCCAUCCCAGCCGAGGACACGGUGUGCAUGCCUCUGCUGGAUGAGGAAGACAAGACUAUUCCCACAGUGACAGACCCCCAAGGAAAAGGAGACCCGGACCAGGUCAGUGUCAGAAGCCUCCCUAUGGCUGCAGAUGUGAGUGGGGUCAGCUCUGCUGCUUUUGCUGGAGGGGAGGGGACCCGUCAUGACUCUUACAAAUUCACCGACGUGCCCGCCAUAUCCACACCCAAAACGAAAUCGAAAGACUUUGCUAAAGAGUCAGCAACAGAGGCAACAGCAGCGGCAAUGGGUGGCCUAGCAGGCGCCUUGAGCUUGGCAGCAGCCAGGCCUGUAGGCUCUGGAGAGAUACACGCAGCUCUCGCAGGGGGUGCUGCCAUGGGGGCAAGAGGGAGCAAAAGCCAUCUGGCCAUUGCAAGUGCUGGCAAGCUGUCCCCGAAGAGCAUGAAGGCUGCCUUGGCAGGGGCAACAAGCAAGUCCUUGGAGCAUAUUCCCAGCUCAUCUACCAGCCUCUCCCUAAAAGAGAGCAUGACCAUGGCAAUUGCAAGAAUCACAGGCAAGCCUGUUGAAGAGACAGCAAGCGACCCAGCUGCGACAGCUCUUGCCUUGACCUUGCCAAGCAAAAACUGCGCAAUUAGAGAGAUUGGACAGCAGAAAGCCUCUGAGGCCAGCACCGAAGCCCAAAAGGAAAGGAAGGAAAGGAGGGACCGGAGAGCAAAGGACAGAGCUGGCAACAGGAGUUCCCAUCGCCACAGGACAGGAGAAGGUCGCCGCAAGACUUCAGGGGACAAGGCGGUCCGGAAAUCAGCCAGCCGCAGGUCUGCGGGCAAUGACAAGAAGGAAAAAGGCACUGCCAGGGGCAGCAGGCACCGCAGGUCACACAAAGGUGUUGGCCACAUCCCUAUCACCAAGGAGACCCGGAGCUUCCACAAACCAGGCAGGACCCUCUCCGCCACCAGCUCUGCCUCUACAAGCAAGAGGCUGGGCAGAAUUAGCGUGUUCCUGAGAAACAUUCGAGCCAACCUGGCUGCAAAAGGCCUGGUGCCACAACGUGGCCAAGAGGUGGACAUCGUGGCCAAGACUCUGGAGGCAACCAACGUGGAGGCCAUCAUGGAGACAGAGAGCGGCCAGGCCCUGGACAUCACUGGUUCUAUGACAUCUGAGGUCAUGGAGACAGUGACCUUUGAGGCUCUUUAA